AUGUCGCGUCAACAUCGAGAAUCUCCAAAAUUUUUGGAGCAUUUUGCCCUCAUCUAUAUUGAUCAAGGGGGAAACCUUCGCCACCAGGUAUCUGCUUCCAUCUUCGAUAGUGGCCAGUUUAUCCUAUCCCCACAAGUUAUCGGGGCGUUUCUGAAGGCGGUGGCAGAAUCAAGGACAAGCAGCUUUCCAGAACAGCCCAAUAGCCAGCUCGUGCCGUCCACAGCAUGGCUAGCGCCCAACGUACCCAGGACAGCAGAGAAGAGGGGUGUUCAACAAACACCAAGGCUUGCGCAAGCGAAAGAGCAAGGCUGGGGUACCCGCACGGCCAUAUCCCACAUUACAGCCCAACUCCCCGUCAAUCAGAAAGAUCUUCUUCGUCGAUACUAUGAAAAGGUCUUUCAAAAUUUGCAGCAGGAGAAUUGCAGGGUGAUCGCCAAAACUUAUAUAAGGCUUGCCGAGCCACGUAAGCAGACACAGUAUCCCUAUAAUGGAAGGAAGUCCGUGGAGGGUAAAACGCAGCAGUUCAAUCCUGAAGAGACUAAGCCGCCAUGGUGGCCACUUGGUGUGACUCAUCGGGAACCUGACCAUCUUCCUAAAUCUGAACGCAUUGCGCUCCUCAUCCAUAUUCUUUGCGAAUUACGUAUCAGCCAUGGAAUCACCGCGCGAAAAUUGAAAAACGCAGGGCGGCUUGUUCAACGUCAAAUUACUCCGAAUGAGCGAUUGCAGCUAUUGGAUGAACUUUACUGGGUCAGAGAGGAGGAGGAAAAAUUCUUGGAUGCAACGGGAGUGCCAGACUUCCCAUAUCAAGAGCGAACGUACCUCAAGACCUUGAAUCUGUCUGCCAGCCAAGUGAUGCCAGCAGUGAGGGGCUUUGGAAUAGCCAGCUAG